GGAGGUACCGGAGAGAGCUGUGGUGCGGCGGGCGGUGCUGGGCAUGUGGAAACGGACACGGGGUGUUGGAAAACAAUGAACAGGCCCUGCGGGCUGUCCGUGGUGCGUGGCUUUUCUUGCCCGGCACACCAUAGGAGUGCACAGUGUUUCCAGUGGAAAUAAGCCUUCUGCUUCUGUGUGAGGCCUGUGUUUCUCCUGUCGCCCAGGCUUUUAGAACAAGUUAAAGCCAUGGCGCUGAAACAGGUUUCAAGCAACAAAUGCUUUGAGGGUUUCCAGAAGGUGUUUGAACAUGACAGUGCAGAGCUAAAAUGCAAAAUGAAAUUUGGAAUCUACUUACCUCCAAAAGCAGAAACUGGAAAGUGUCCUGUGCUGUAUUGGCUCUCGGGGUUAACUUGCACAGAACAGAAUUUUAUAACAAAAGCUGGUUUUCAUCAGGCUGCAGCUGAACACGGCCUUAUUGUAGUCGCACCAGACACAAGCCCGCGUGGCUGCAAUAUUGAAGGAGAAGAUGAAAGCUGGGAUUUUGGCACUGGUGCUGGUUUUUAUGUGGAUGCCACUGAAGAUCCUUGGAAAACAAACUAUAGGAUGUAUUCCUACAUAAAGGAUGAGCUGCCUAAACUAAUAAAUGCCAAUUUUCCAACGGACCCUGAACGGAUGUCUAUUUUUGGGCAUUCCAUGGGAGGUCAUGGAGCUCUUAUUCUUGCUCUGAAGAAUCCUGGGAAGUACAAAUCUGUAUCAGCAUUUGCUCCUAUCUGUAACCCAAUUCAGUGUCAGUGGGGGAAGAAAGCCCUUGGUGGAUAUCUGGGAUCAGAUGUAAGCAAAUGGGAGGCAUAUGAUGCUACACAACUUGUGAAAUCCUAUCCAGACUCUCACCUGGACAUCUUGAUUGAUCAAGGCAAAGAUGACCAGUUCCUAUCGGCGGGCCAGUUAUUGCCUGAUAACUUCAUUGCUGCCUGCACAGAGCGGAAAAUCCCAGUAGUCUUCAGACUGCAGCAGGCAAGUUGCUUCUGCACUCCUUGAUUGUUGGGUUGUAGCUUUGUGAUUUUUGGGUCUGUGUGGUGCAGGUAGUGAAGAGAGCGUCUCUUAGUGGGGCGUGCUGCCACUUGACUGUGAGUCUGUCCCUGGCCAAGUGGGGAGGAGGGUGCAAAGUGACAUUUUCCUUCCCGCCAGCCAUCAAGGAGUGCAAUAUCCAUCAGAUUCAGCUGCAUUUCACCACUAGGUGGGGUCACGGUUUUAGUUUCAACAAGGCGAUCCCUUGAUGGUAACUCAAGCAGCCAGUGGGCGGCUGAAUUUUAAUUUUUAAUUAAAAUUUUUAAUAAGUGUCACAGUCACUCUAUGGACAACGUGACAGACGUCCUUCUGCUGGAUUCCUUAUCUGUACUGUGGGUAUUGUGUUCAGCGUAAUACUUUGUGAUUUAAUUUGCAUGUGUUUGUGUAGAUCAGGAAAGGUGUGGAAUUGCUUGAAAUGUUAGAUUCAUUUAAACACCCAGGUGGAAGGAUUGCUCUUUCCUGUAGUGCAGUGACCCAGAACAGCCCUGUCCGGAGAGCACCGGAGUCUUUGUAAGCAACUGACAGCUUCAAGUCAGACCCAGCCCUGCACCAAAAGAUACAGUUAGUGCUGACAAAGUGGAGUAGUUCAGAGGUUUACAUGUCACUUUAGCAUAGUGCUGGAGCAACAAUUCAGACGUGGGCUUGGUUCUCCUGAUGCCCUGCGAUUUACCGGUAAGACAAUGCUGGUGAGGAGAACUGUCCUCUCAGAUUGCGUCCUGCUCGCAAGUGACACUUGCUCUUGCCCAUCUCCCACUUACGCCCCCAGAUCAGGGCAGGUUAAGGUAUAUUCUGUUUGUUUAGCUUCCCAGUGUUCACAUAGACUUCACCUGUUAGUUAGGUAUCCUUUACAGUUUCUAUAUAUAAUACAAGUACUUUCGAUUUCUUAAACCAGAUCAAACCAGGAGAGUCAUUAACUUUCCUAGAAGAGAGCUUAGCAUGAUUGCUUUGCCGUGAACUCUUUGUAUUUGCUGAUUUCUUUGUUGUUCUUUUCUAGGGUUACGAUCACAGCUAUUUUUUCAUUGCUACAUUUAUUAAUGACCACAUCAAACACCAUGCAAAAUACCUCAAUGCUUGAACGGUUUGGAUGUGUGCGUCGUCUGUCUGACAUGAAUCAAGGGGUAGAGGUGAACUAAACAAAAAUCAUUUGCUGAAGUAGUGUCUGUAAAAUGGAGUUCUUCUGAUUGUACUGCUAAGAAAAAUAAAAGUCCCACUUAAUUUGA